GUGAAGCUUCGCCGGAUUAACUUUAGUCCGGCGCAACCUUGAACCACUUGGAAGCUCCAACGUCUGAACUUUGACAAGCUCCAGGAUUCAAUACCACCAAACUCAAUAUGGAUGUCGAUGAAGAUGACGAUUUUUACGGCGAGGAGGAGACGACUCAGCCCAAGGUCGAGGAGUCAAAAGCUGCUGCUCAACCAGAAAAUAAGCCAAAAGAAGUGAAUGAAGACCUAGAAGAGGGCGAGGAGGAAGACGAUAGAGAAUCCGACGACAGCGAUUCGGUAUGGCUCCCAGUUUUUUGGCGGAGAGAAAAUUACUGACUUGGGCGCCAGGAUAUCGACAUCAUCACAGAAAGAAAAGAGGGAAGCAAACCAGCCGCUCCGUAUGUUAGUCUCAACCCUCUUCUUUACAUAUUCUAAGUCGUCUUUAGCCCAGCACGAUACAAUGAAAUCAGAAACAUUCCUCAGAGAACCUCUACGAGCGAGGCUGCGCCAGAACCCUCUCCGACCACGAUCAAAAAGGCUCCAAAAGCAGCAAAAUUACCUCCAUCUGGCGCGGGUCAGGAUUUGCCUGGCAUCGCAACCUCGAAAAUUGAUGUCAAUGCGAAGCCUAUUUACGAACCUGCUGGAAAGCCCAUAACACAGGUCAAUAUUGAUGAAGGUAAGGUUGUCAGAUCCUCAGAAUAAACGUCAUAUCUAACAAUUGAUAGAUCUAAACGAAAACGACAAGCCAUGGCGAAGGCCAGGAACCGAUGUUAGCGACUACUUCAAUUAUGGAUUCGAUGAGUUUACGUGGGCCUUGUAUGCUAGCAAGCAAGACACUCUCAGAGCCGAAUACAGUCAAGACAAGAUAGCUCAAAGUAACAAGAAGAUGUUUGAGGAGAUGAAUAUGAUGAUGGCCAUGGGAGGUAUACCAGGUAUGCCCGGAAUGCCAGCUGGAGCUGGAGCUGGUAUGGAGGGUAUGCCACCCGACAUGCAAGCUAUGAUGCAACAAAUGAUGGCCUCGGGAAUGGACCCAAGUCAAAUGGACUCUGCAGCCAUGUUUGCUGGGAUGCAAGGCAAUGCAGCCUCGGGUGUUGCUGGUAGUGCUCAAGGCCAAGGAUUUGGAGCUCAGGCUGGGUUCGGGCAAGGUCAAAACCAAGGAAUGGGUUAUGGCUAUGAUCAACAAGGCGGUGCGGGAGGAAAUCGUGGAGGGGGAAAUUUCAGAGGGCGGAGAGGACGGGGAGGAUGGUAA